CGCUUAGUUUUUAACCCAAUAUUGUUCCACAUAUCAGUAAUUAUUUACUGAUAUGUGGAACAACUAGAAUAUUCUGGGUUUGGAAUACAAAGUUCUGGCGCCGCACUUCCGUGAACUUUGUAACGGACAGCGAAUUAGGUAGGCAGUUGCUAUGACAACAAUAAACUAGCCAAAGCUUAGAACUAGCCUCAUUGCGAACUAACUUAUAAUGAACAAUAUAAGUAGGCCUAUAUUACUCGAUCACUGUUUUUUUGUGUAAUACUCAGAUAAAUAUGUAGUACUUACAUGCUUACUGCCGAAGUAGUAAAAUUAGCCUAGCUAUAGCUUUCAUCUGCUAGCUUAGACGGACAUGUCUGCAAAAUGCUUUAGUGUAUUUACAAUCUUCUACGCCACAAAACCACAAAAUCUUACCAAGUAUUUUUGUCUACUUUCUAGUGCAAAUAGUACACUUAAAAUAAGACCAAACUAACUCUAACUUUACACCAUUUGAUCUGCCGAUGGAACUUGUACUUUUUCAUCAAUAUUAAGGAAUUAUUUACUUAAAACAAGCUCAUAUUUCUUGCUGACAAGUUACUUGUAUGUUUGUUUCUCUUAUCUCAAAUGAAAGAUAUUUUCCCGAGAAACUAAAUUUAAAAAAAACUUUUCAAGAUUUUGUGGUUUUGCAGUGUGUCAGAUUGUAAUCAUAUGAGCUUUCUCAAUCAUUUUGCACGUUUAAAAGACCUUUCCUAUCAGGACAACAUGAUGAAGGAAAGAGAGACGCACGGAGAGGCUUUGGAUGUUGCCAUGGCUUUGGUUGACCAGUCAGACCUGUACGCCCGCCUCAAAAUGAAGCCUCUGUAUCCAGAGCUAAUGGAAGAAGAAGAGGACAUAAAGGAGGAGAGCAGAGAGGAGAUCGCAGUCGGAGGUGUUCAAGACCAAAACCCAAGUGAAGAUCUUCCUGUAAGCAGCAUGGCUGAAAAUCAUGCUGCAGAAGAAACUGCUCAGAGUGUUACACAACCUCCGGUGAUCAACAUGGAGAAGUACAAUCUGUUUGAGAUGAUGUUCAGCAUGGAGAGAGGCGCCUGCGCUGUCGCUCAGGAGAAUUUGGAAAAUCCAAAACAAAAACAAAAACUAGCUGUCGAGGGAAGCAGCCAGAAAGCACCAGAACAGGAGCAGCAGGAUACAACCAGUCCCAGAAGCUGCCCUCCACCUGACACCAGUAAGACGGGCCUGGCCCCGUGGCAGGAGGGGGUUCUGGAGCGGCUGGGGCAGGAGCUCACCCCCCAGGAGUACAACAUGUACGUGGUGCAUCACGGACGCAUGCUGCUGGCCUUCGGGCAGAUUGAGGCCUGCACUUCCAGGGAGAAAGACUUUGUCUACGGCAGUCUGGAGCCAAUUGCAGUCCAGACGCUGCGCUCUUUCAAGGUGCCUGUAAGUUAUCGUUAUAAGAGGCGGGUUCAUCUGAACGAGACGGCUGCUCGGGUGCAGACUGAACAUCAAAGCGUGGACACAUCAGACCUGGGAGCCAGUGAGGAGGACUGGUUUGUAGAUGAAGAUGAAGCAACUCUGCUGGGCUACGCUGAGAUGGCAGUCAUGGGUCACAAGAUCAGUGAGACAAAGGGAGCAGACGGGCUGUAUGUGGACCUUGGCACGCAGACGCACUCUUUCCGCACAGCGCCCUUCAAGCAGAGGACGACCUUGGCGGAAGUGAUGGCGGACCGGCCGCAGAAGCUUCUUCUGCAGCUUCAGGCGGAAACCGUGAACAGCAGGAACAACAGAGCCAGCUGUGCGUUCACGUUCCUCUGCGGUCACACCUUCCACCGCAGAGAGUUCGCCACACACUUCAGGAACGUGCACAGUGACAUCCAGAUGUGUCUGAGUGAAUGGUUUGAACAGCAGUGCCCCCUGGCGUACCUGGGAUGCACCUACAGGCAGAGGAGGUUUCAUCCCUCCACACAGAAAGCCACCGUCACCUACAAUCAGCAGCUGAGGUGUUUCAACUUGCGUCCAGACGUUCUUCCCUCUCUGGACGGCAAAGCUGGAGCCGGGGAGGACCGGCUGAGCUCGCUGCCCUACGAGGUGCUUUGCCACAUGGCCAGCUUCCUGGACAGCCAGUCCCUGUCCCAGCUGGCCCUGGUGUCCCGCCUCAUGAGGCAGGUCUGCUCCUCCCUGCUGCAGGACAGAGGGAUGGUGACGCUCCGCUGGGAGAGGACGAGCUCCUCACAUGGGAGAGCCAAGUGGAAGUCCAAACCUGUGUGGGAGUUCAGUCAUCUGUUCUCUGCUGUGGAUUCAUGGAACAUGGCCGACAUGCCUCCGAUUUCUGCUCAUCUGAAAGUCUGUCCUUUCUACCAGAAAACUGAGCAGAAGGAACGGGUUGCCCUCCCCUGCAUUUCUGAAAAACAGCAGAAGAGUCUGAACGGUCAGAGUCUCCUCAAUCACUUCACGGGACAAAGAGGGCAACAGUGAAGAAGAACCUCUGCUUGUUGUGUUUAACUUAAACCCAUUUAUAUUCAAAUGUAGCAUUGCAUUUAAGAUAUGUUUUAGUUUUAGCAUGUGAGAAUCUCUGAACCCAUGUGCAGAAUACUGGAUGGCAAAAAGACGAACAUUAAAUGAGACCUGUAGAUGUAAGUAUUAUUAAUUUUGUGCUAUGUGACACAGCAAGGGCUGCAUAGCACUAAGCUAAACUAAACUUUGUGUUUUACAUAAGUCUUAGUAGUUUUAGUGUUUUCUCUCUUUGUGACAAAAUGUUCCACGUUGAGGAACUCAGUGAAUUGAGGAAUAGGGUUUCAAGAUGUUUUUGUCAAUUUAAUUAUCCAAAGUACCUGGGAAUAGUUUCUACUUCCUGUUUCAUAAAGAACAUGGGUGAGUGAGUUUAGUUUAGAAGAAGUUGGCAGAGUCCUGAACUCAACCUAAUAAAACCCUCAUGUGUUGAAUAAGAAUGGAAGAUGUGAGGGAGGUCUGGUUGUCCAACAUCAGUGUCUGACCUCACAAUGCACAUCUGGAAAAAUGGUCAGAAACACUGUGGAAAAUCUUCUCAGAGGAGUUGAAGCUGUUGUAAAAGGUUGGGCUAUGAUCAUUUUAAUCUUUAUAAGAAUAGGAUAUUUUAUGUUCAGAUAUGAGUGAAUAUUUUUGGUAUUUGUGCGUAGUAAAAAGCUGUAAUGUUUUGUUUGAAAUCUUAAAAAUAAGAAGGCCUUCUCUUUAAAACGUGUCUGUGAACUGUCCAACAUGUUUUCAAAUCAAAAUCAGACUCAUGUCUGCAUAAUAAAGCCCCUCCUCC